AAGUUCAACGAUAACUGGCUGCAUCGGGGUAAAACGGGGGAGGUGUGCCGCAUCUACCUCGCCUCACUCACCGAUCUCAGAAGGUCGGCGCGUGGCCAGCGUUUCGCCAGGGCCUUGAAGAAUCGAGGCCACGGCGUAUUCAUGACACGGUUCCACGGCACACAACGAGCCUGCCGUAUUGGCGAAGGUGACGGUGAUAUCGAGCCCUGCGACAAGCCAGAGUGCCACGUGUGCGGCAUCCUGAAGAACGGCUUCGACCUCAAGUUUGCCAAGACCACGGGCAUGUUUGGGUCGGGAAUCUAUUCGACGACGUGCUCAUCGAAGGCCGACAUCUACGCAAAGAAUAGCCACGUCCGGACAAACAGACACGUCAUUCUUAUCUGCCGUAUUGUGGGCGAUCGGCCUCAGUUGCUUACCAACGCCGAGGCCCAUAGGCGCGGCCUGGACUCCAAUUAUAAUUGUGUUGAGGCGGUCCUGACCUCAGCGGGUGGUGGGGUACAGUACCCAGAGACGGUUGUUUAUGAUGAGGAGCUGAUUAUUCCUGUGGGACUUGUUGUAUAUAAAAGAACAGGAUGGUUGCCGUAA